AUGAAGGUCCGAUUAAGACUUCGACCAGCAAGGAAGAAGAAAAGUAAUAAUGCUUUCAAAAAGACACUGUUUGCGGUCUCUCUUCUCGUCUUGUCAUUGCUGAAUGUGUUUACUUUCAGUCGCUUCAGUUCAGGAUGGUCAAAAGCACUAGUCUCCUUUUUUACCGAGUCAUCUGUGAUAGCUUGUCCACACAAUAUGACCGUUGAUAUUCUAUCGAUUGGAUCUGUGCACCGAUUAAAUUACCUGAGUGCCCAGCAAAACACCUUUGCGUCGCACUGUACUGUUCGAAACUUCUUUACAGCCACGGAAAAAGAGGAUGCUGAUCCACAUUGCGAAAGCAAGUUGUCGAACCAGACGGUCGUGGCCAUUAGCAACUUUUGUAGAAGGGGUCAUCGGUGGGGGCGCCACGGAAAGCGGUUCAUGGAAUACAUGUCGGGCUCCUAUGCAUUUCAUAAAUGGCUCUUUAAAAAGAAAAAUCCUCAGGGAUGGGUUUGUGCCCAAACACGACCAGCCCAAGCUCUCUUUAACGUUUUGGAAAAGUACCGAAAGCAAAAUGAAUCAUUCCCCGAUUACUUGAUGAUCCUUGAUGACGAUACGUACUACAACAUGAAACUGUUUUCAGAUUACUUUGGACCAAUGGAUAGUUCCGAGCCAAUGGUAGUCGCUGGGUGUCGUGUUCGUAGUCCCGUCCGACAUCUUAAUUUUACUAUACCAUUCGGUGGUUAUGGGACGACGGUCAGCAAGGGGUGGCUGGAGAAGAUGGUAACACCAAUCUCCUGUCCAGGCGAUACCGAUUAUUGCAACACCAUUCAAGUUGCCAGUGAAAUUGGUGAGCACGCAGUCUUCAAAAAUGGAAUGACCGUCGCCGAGCUGAUGUAUGCGUAUUCAACCUAUGAACCAUUUGAUCAAAGGGAAAAUUGGACAAUUGGUUUUUGCUUGCAUAGUGACUGGUUCAUUGCCUAUUUUACGAAUUUCUACAACCUAUCCAAUCAAGUGACUGACCCAGACUUUGCAAAUGAGCCUCGGGCCAGACUUGGCUCCAUUAUGGAAUCAGAAAUCAACGGAGGAGACGCUCCGCAUCGGAGGAAAAUAUGUGAUAUGCACAGUGGCAACUGCCAUUCCGAUUCGGUCGCUUGCCACUACAGCAAUCCAACCGAAAUGAAAGCGAUUACGGAUAUAGUUCGGCGAGAGAAUCCUCAGGAGUUCACGCUCCCUGAAAUUGACUGCAUAGACUGCGAUGAAGAUGAUGAACCCUAUUAUCAAGAAAAGGCUCCGAUACUUGACAUAAUCUCGUUAGUCCGCAAUGGUGGUGAUGAUGACACGGCCAAUAUUGAUGCACAGAAGAAAGUUAUUGGGUCAGACGAAUUCGUUCGCUCCUUUUUCAACAUAUCGCAAUCCAACACUGAUGAUUCCUCGUGUUCCAACACAAACAUGAUCGACUUGUCUCACGCCAACAGCAUCGUAUUGACAUGCAAAUCGGACAAACUGCUUAGUCCUGGAACGUGGCUGAUGAAUCAACUACGAAAUCGCUACGCUCAAUAUGCCGGUGACGAUUUACCUCGUUGGAUCUGUGAACAGCGAAGGCUAAUCAAAGGAGUCAGCCGGUUCCUUCUUCAGUACAAACAACACAUUCGAACGAAGAAACUUCCAGACUAUUUGCUACUGUUGACCGAUACGACCUACUUUAACGUCAAAGUAUUCCGAGAGAUGCUUCGAAAUAUUGCAAACGGAGUAAAGUCCUCUACUGGUAAGCACUACCAUCCGUUGGAUCCACUUGCUGUGGGUGGAUGUAUGAGAGAAUACGGCAUUUCUGAAGAGGUAUCCUUUCGAGUGCCAAAUCUUGAUUUUGGAAUCCUUCUGAAUCGGGCGACAUUGGAGGACCUCUUGACACGAAUUCACUGCAAUAAGAUAGAAACACGAAAGAAUCCUCUUUGCAGUAUCAUCUCAGAAUCUCAAAUAGGCGAAAGAGAUGUAUUCAAGGAUGGCAUGACUCCGGUGGACUUGAUGAACAGCUUUGCCACAGCAGACGCGCACCAAGAUUUCAAGAAUUGGACGGUUGGGAUGUGUUUUGAAGCUGGAUGGCUGUUGGCGUACUUUAUACAGUUUUAUACUGGAACCAGAGCAACCACCACGAUACCUCCAGAAUCAAGCCUUGCGCGUGUCAACAGUUCUUUACACGCAUACUUGGAGCCAAUACAGAAUGUACUUUGCCAGUACUCUGGGCGUGAUUGUAACAUCGAUGCUCCUUAUUGCAGUGGCAUAUCAGCUGACCAAAUGUCAGCGUAUAGGAGAAACUGA